GUCUGCAGACGCCGCCACUGUCAGCGCCGGCAUGUCUUACAGCGUGACCCUGACCGGGCCUGGGCCCUGGGGCUUCCGCCUGCAGGGGGGCAAGGACUUCAACAUGCCACUCACCAUCUCCCGGAUCACGCCAGGCAGUAAGGCCGCCCAGUCCCAGCUCAGCCAGGGUGACCUCGUGGUGGCCAUCGAUGGCGUCAACACCGACACCAUGACCCACCUGGAGGCCCAGAACAAGAUCAAGUCCGCCAGCUACAACCUGAGUCUCACACUGCAGAAGUCGAAGCGUCCCAUUCCCAUCUCUACGGCAGCGCCCCCGAUUCAGUCCCCUCUGCCGGUGAUCCCCCACCAGAAGGACCCUGCUCUGGACAUGAACAGCAGCCUGGCAGCACCCAGCCCCUACCCCGAGGCAAAGGCCAGCCCGGGCACCCCAGGCACCCUGCAACUCGGGCAGACCUUUAGCUCCUCCUUCUCCCAGACCUCCGUCUUCUCCUCACACACGGAGGCCUCUGACCUUGGCCCUCCACGGGGCAGCCCGGGGGCCAAGAUCAGCCUGGAGGGGGCCCUGGACUCACUAAGCCUGAAAGCCCCACAGGGUUCGAGCCAGCCAAGGCAGUAUAACAACCCCAUUGGCCUGUACUCGGCAGAGACCCUGAGGGAGAUGGCUCAGAUGUAUCAGAUGAGCCUCCGUGGGAAGGCCUCAGGUGCUGGACUCCCAGGAGGCGCCGACUACCAGGAACGCUUCAACCCCAGCGCCCUGAAGGACUCGGCUCUGUCGACCCACAAGCCCAUCGAGGUGAAGGGGCUGGGCGGCAAGGCCACCAUCAUCCACGCGCAGUACAACACGCCCAUCAGCAUGUACUCGCAGGACGCCAUCAUGGACGCCAUCGCCGGGCAGGCCCAGGCCCAGGGCAGUGACUUCAGUGGGAGCCUUCCUGUCAAGGACCUCACUGUAGACAGCGCCUCGCCCGUGUAUCAGGCCGUGAUUAAGAACCAGAACAAGCCGGAAGACGAGGCAGACGAGUGGGCCCGCCGCUCCUCCAACCUGCAGUCUCGGUCCUUCCGCAUCCUGGCCCAGAUGACGGGGACAGAAUACAUGCAAGACCCUGAUGAAGAAGCUUUGCGAAGGUCAAGGCCCCAUGCCUCUGCCUACAGUCCCGCUGUGGCCACCUCUCCGGCACCUGCCGCACAUACAUACAGCGAGGCCCCAGCUGCCCCUGCUCCCAAGCCCCGGGUUGUCACCACUGCCAGCAUCCGGCCUUCUGUCUACCAGCCAGUGCCUGCAACUACCUACAGCCCAUCCCCAGGGGCCAAUUACAGCCCAACCCCCUACACCCCCUCCCCUGCCCCUGUCUACACCCCCUCCCCUGCCCCCGCCUACACCCCUUCCCCUGCCCCCACCUACUCCCCCUCCCCAGCACCAGCCUAUACCCCCUCGCCAGCCCCAAGCUAUAAUCCUGCACCCUACAGUGGGGGCCCUGCGGAGUCUGCCAGCCGUCCCCCAUGGGUGACAGAUGACAGCUUCUCUCAGAAGUUUGCCCCUGGCAAGAGCACCACCACUGUCAGCAAACAGAGCCUGCCCCGAGGGGCCCCUGCCUACACCCCUUCACCGGCUCCCCAGGUGUCCCCCCUUGCCAGGGGUACAGUCCAGAGGGCCGAGCGCUUCCCAGCCAGCAGCCGGACUCCGCUCUGUGGCCACUGCAACAGCAUCAUCCGGGGCCCCUUUCUGGUAGCCAUGGGCCGCUCCUGGCACCCAGAAGAGUUCAACUGUGCGUACUGCAAGGCCUCCCUGGCAGACGUGUGCUUUGUGGAGGAGCAGAGCAACGUUUAUUGCGAGCGGUGUUAUGAGCAGUUCUUUGCCCCGGUCUGUGCCAAGUGCAACACCAAAAUCAUGGGGGAAGUGAUGCAUGCCUUGAGACAGACGUGGCACACCACCUGCUUCGUCUGUGCAGCCUGCAAGAAGCCCUUUGGGAAUAGCCUUUUCCACAUGGAAGACGGGGAGCCCUACUGUGAGAAAGACUACGUCAAUCUGUUCAGCACCAAGUGUCAUGGCUGUGAUUUCCCCGUGGAAGCCGGUGACAAGUUUAUCGAAGCCCUGGGGCAUACCUGGCAUGACACCUGCUUCAUUUGCGCAGUCUGCCACGUGAAUCUGGAGGGGCAGCCAUUCUACUCCAAGAAGGACAAACCCCUGUGCAAGAAGCAUGCACACGCCAUCAACGUGUAGCGAGCCCAGGGCAUCUGCUGGCGCCAAAGGAUUCAGGGAGGCUGAUGUUUCUUUUUGGGGGGCAAAGGGAGAAGCCAGGAAGCAACUGAGCCCUUUUGAAGUAUAAUUUUAGUCUUUUCUUCUGCACACAGAUCGUGUAUUUGCAUAGUUCAGACUAGAAGCCAAAUGAAGAUUCCUGAACCAAGCUAGUAAUUAAUCCAAGACUGGAAUUGUACUUCAAACGUUGAGGACAGAAUUCCAAGACCUCAAAAGUGAAAAAGAAGAAGUAACUUUCCCCAAGCGAUACACUUUCCUGAGAUCACCAGAGCAGGGACAGAGCUCAGAGCAGUUUCGGAGAAUCUGAAGUGUUCUGCGGAGUUCUUUAGAGCUCCUCUGGCAAACAAAAUGAAGUGCCAAACAGUCCUGGCUGCAGGGUAUUUUUAGAGCCAUAGCUGAGAGCUUGUUAGCUAAGACCAAUUGGGCUUUCCUCACCAAAAAAGGAAGUGUUAUUCCAUUACUCACGUCAUGGAGCUACCUCUGUGCAUCAGACUUCAGACCUUGCACAGGCUUGAACAUUCUCAAGGGAGCCCAGACAUGGGAGGGAUGUCUUCUGGAAGGCUCU